AUGACACAGAGAAAUAUGCGUGUGUCUCUCCGUUCUCUCCUCCCCCAGGUGAGGUCCCAGCUGGAGGAGAAGGAGGAGAAGUUCCCGAUGUUCAAGGCUGUGGAGUUCAAGAGCCAGGUGGUCGCCGGGAGGGUCUUCUUCAUCAAGGUUCAAGUGGACGAUGACAAGUUCGUGCACAUUCGAGUAUUUGAAAGCCUCCCACACGAGCGCAAGCCCUUGGUCUUGGCCAGCUACCAGACCAACAAAAGCAGACACGACGAGCUGACCUACUUCUAGUCCCGAUUUUGCACAGAGCCCGUCGCCCGUGUGGGUCUCUCCUCUGCCAACCUGUGUCUGGGACCUCACGCGGUGCCACUCGGGGUGGGUGGGGGGGGGCGCACCUCUGCGGUGUCUCUGUUCCUCAC